UCUGACAUUCAAUUUUUGUCAUAUCAUUUUCAGUUUUCCUAUUCGAUUUUUAAAGUUUUGAAAAGUUAUUUCUAUUCAAAAAUGCCGAUUGAGAACUUGGAAGAUCAGGGGCUUGAGAAGAACCCCGACUUAGAGCUACCACAUUUCAAAUUCCUCUUGACAUUGCCUGAAUAUCGAAAUGAUAGAACAAUCCACUCAAAAAUCACCGAAGCUAUAAAGAAAGAUGAUAUGGCACCUUGGUACGAAUUAGUUUGCCAAGAUGCAGGGUGGAAAUUGGAUGCCAAUCUCUUGAAAACAUUGAAAACCAAAAACGAGGAGAAAGUAAAACUCCUUGAUGCAGCUAUAGAAGAUGCAGAGAAAAACCUAGGUGAGAUGGAAGUCAGAGAAGCAUACUUGAGAAAAGCUGAAUAUUACAGCAGAAUUGGAGACAAAGACAAUGCAGUCAGCACCUUCAGACAGACUUAUGACAAGACUGUUUCUUUGGGUCACCGGCUAGAUAUAAUAUUCCACUUGAUUAGAAUAGGAUUGUUUUUCAUUGAUCAUGAUCUCAUUACAAGGAAUAUUGAGAAAGCAAAAACUUUGAUAGAAGAGGGAGGAGACUGGGAUAGAAGAAACAGAUUGAAAGUGUACCAAGGGGCAUAUUGCAUGGCUGUGAGAGACUUCAAAACUGCUGCCAACUUAUUCCUUGAUACAGUCAGUACUUUCACUUCUUAUGAGCUCAUGGACUAUAAAGCUUUUGUUAGGUACACUGUGUAUACUUCAAUAAUCAGUCUGCCAAGAAAUCAGUUGCGUGAUAAGGUUGUUAAAGGUUCAGAAAUUCUGGAAGUUCUUCAUUCUGAACCAUUUGUUAAAGACUAUUUGUUUUCUCUGUACAAUUGUCAAUAUGCUGAUUUCUUCACAAAUUUAGCUGAGGUAGAGACAAUUUUGAGGAAAGAUUAUUUCUUAAACCCCCAUUACCGUUUCUAUGUUAGGGAAAUGAAGAUAUUGGCUUACACACAACUGCUGGAGUCUUACAGAUCUCUAACUCUCCAGUACAUGGCCGAAGCUUUUGGUGUUACUAUGGCUUACAUUGAUGAGGAACUGUCGACAUUUAUCGCUACGGGAAGAUUACAUUGCAAAAUUGACAGAGUGGGAGGCAUUGUAGAAACUAAUCGCCCCGAUUUGAAGAACGCUCAGUUCAAUUCUGUUGUCAAACAGGGAGAUUUGCUCCUCAAUCGUGUUCAAAAGCUGUCCAGAGUCAUCAAUAUUUAAGUUUAUUAGCUUUAAGAUUUUUCCCAUAUUUGUUUGAGCAAUGAAAUGUCAUUUUCUAUAUCUGAAAGAAUUUGAAUAAAAACUGUCUACAUCCUAACAACUUU